GUCUCCUAACCUAAAAACUUGAGCAGACGGCAUUUCAGCGGUGCGCGUAAAUGACGCAUGUAAACAAUUAUUUUUGUACACUUAUUUAUCAAUUAUUGUGCAAUUUUUAUUAAAAAACAUUGAAGCUUGAAACUAAUUUUAACAAUUAUAUUCAUAGAGCACUAAAUAAAUUGAAGAUAACAAUAAUCUUUGUGAAUUUUCUAGUCGUGUUUUAAAAGAUUUAAAUAAUAAAAAUGUCGGGACAACAGCAUCCAUUUCCAUCAGGAUUUCCAAAUACUCAACAAUCGACUAUGCGCAAUCAAUUUGGAGGCGGUCAAAUGGUUUCCAGUUUGAUGGGACCACAACAAGGAGGAAUGGUGAAUCCUCAACAAUUUGGUCCUGGAGUUGGUACAGGAGUUAGUUCAAAUCCAAUGGGGAUGCUUAGUGCCCAACAAGUCCUAGCACAGCAGCAACAACAACAGACAAAUGCUCUGCAACAAAUGCAACAUUUACAACAACAACAACAACAGCAGCAGCAACAGCAACAACAACAAAUGCAAAUGCAACAACAACAGCAACAAGUUGCUUUGGUUCAACAAAAUAGUCAAAGUGGAAGUGCAGCCUCAACUCCACAAACUCCAGUUCCACCUACUCAACCACCUCAAGCACAAAAACAACCCGGUAAAGAUAUUAAUACUGCCAGUCUUUGUCGAUUUGGCCAAGAAACAGUGCAGGAAAUUGUUAGUAGAACACAGGAAUUAUUUCAAACUUUAAAAGUUCUUCAACCACCAAAUGGAACUGCACAGGGUUCGACAAUAGCAAAUGAAAAGAAAGCAAAAGUAACGGAACAUUUAAGAACAUUAAAUUUAUUAUUUAAUCGAUUGAGAUUAAUUUAUGAAAAAUGUAAUGAAAGUUGUCAAUCGGGAAUGGAGUACACACAUAUUGAAAGUUUGAUUCCACUUAAAGAGGAAUGGGAUAUGAAAUCAGAUGAAAAAAAAUCAUCAGAAGCUUAUCGACUUGUAUAUGAAGAAAGUAAAGAAGUUAUGGAGCAAGUCAUCUUGAAAAACAGGCAUCUCAAAGAGAUAAUUGAUCAUUUAAGGCGCAUUAUAUCCGAAAUAAAUACAAUGUUAACUAUGCGACGAUCUUAGAAAUAAUUUAUAUGUAUAUGUAUGUUAAGUAUAAUUGCUUAAAGAUAUUUUACUGCCUAUUUGAUAUAAUAAAAAAAAAUAAUCGUAAAUAUAA